UCACGUUGCGUGCCAGAACGCGGCGCUCCCAAGCCCUGCCUUUGAACUUGGCGGCGCUUUUGGCUCCCUCCGCGUUGCUCUCCGCGCUCAUUUGCAAAAGGCUGGCCAGGUGCUGCUCCAGCAAACACGCGAGCGAGCGCACCGAGCCACUGCCGAACCACGACGCAACAACAAAACAAGAAAAGAAGAGAGAGAGCAGAAAAAGAGGAGAACAAUUGUCCGCUCUGCCAUUUUUUUGUGGAUUCUUCUAUUCUUGGUGGACUUUUGCAACCCCGCUUUGGAUUUUUAAAACUUUUUUUUCUUUCCUUUUGUUCGCCCCCAUCCGUGUGGCAUGCCUGCAUCCGUCUCGCAUCUCCCCGACAGCAGGUGAACUCCAAUAGCAACUUUUUUUUUUUUUUUCUCGUGUCGUUUCUCCUACAAACAUCAUGUCCAAGCCGGCCGACCACAUCAAGAGACCCAUGAACGCCUUCAUGGUCUGGUCCCGCGGCCAGCGGCGGAAGAUGGCCCAGGAGAACCCCAAGAUGCACAACUCGGAGAUCAGCAAACGUCUGGGCGCCGAGUGGAAGCUGCUGUCCGAGGCCGAGAAGCGGCCGUACAUCGACGAGGCCAAGCGGCUGCGCGCGCAACACAUGAAGGAACACCCGGACUACAAGUACCGGCCGAGGCGCAAGCCCAAGAACCUGCUGAAGAAGGACCGCUACGUCUUCCCCUUGCCCUAUCUGGCCGGCGACGCCGAGCAGCUGAAGGGUUUGCCCAGCAUGCCGUCGGACGCGCUGCUGGGCCCGGUGGAGAAGGCGGCGGCAGCGCGGGCCUUCCUGCCCCCGACCUCCGCCGCCUCGCCCUACUCGUCCUUCCUGGACGCGGCGGGCUUCGGCCAGAAGAUGGGCGACAUGCCGCACGCCGCUUUGGCAGCCGCCGCCGCCGGCGUGCCCUACUCGUCGCUAGGCUACCAGGGGGGCGCCUUCGGUUCUCUCGGCUGCCCCACGCAGCACCCUCACCCGCACACGCACACCCACCCGUCGCCCACGAACCCGGGUUACGUGGUGCCGUGUAACUGCAGCGCCUGGUCCGCCGCGUCCAGUUUGCAGCCGCCCGUGGCCUACAUCCUCUUUCCAGGUAUGAGCAAGGGUGCCAUUGACCCCUACUCGUCCGCGCACGCCGCUGCCAUGUAACGCCGGCUUACCCGCAAGAACUCUUCCAAAAACCUGCAUGUACAUAAAACAAAAGCCGACCCGACACGGACCAAAAAACCGCAGAGGACUUUUACUACUUUUCCCGCAGGCGUGCAGGAUUGUAACAAAUGUAAAUGUUUAUACGGCAGCCUGCCAGAAGAAAACAAAACAAACAAAAAAAACAACAAAUAAGGAGGCCUUUAACUUUAUUUAUUGUGUACAUUUCAAUGCUGAUUUGUCUUGAUUAUUAUUGAUAAACUAUUAUAACGCCCUCGCAAUUGGCACUUCUGACAUACGGGUUACAAAUGACAUCAAUUGUUUGAUUUCCUCCCCUGUAUUUUUUAAUUUAAGUUGGAAUUCUGUGUAUUUUCUAUCUCAAGAAAAAAAAAAAGAGACUAAUAAAAAUGUCAUGUAUCUAUAGAAGCUUUUGACACCUCUUUGUUAACGGCAAAGAGAAGAAGAGUCCAAUAAAAAGACAAUCUGUC